GCUGUGACCGUGACGUAGUUCCGUCUUUCACGACUGUUCUCUUAAUGUAGCUAGCUACAAACUUCAGGGGUUUUCCCCAUUCCUCUUAAAAUUCAGAAUGAAGUAGUUUCCGGGCGACACGGUACCAGCAGUAAACAUGGCGGAGGAACUGCUGGAAACAGUGGAUAGACUUCAGUCCCGGCUCCUGGAGAAUCCGGAGCCUCGAAAGCUUCUAAAGACUUUUAAAAGACUGGGGGAACUUCCCAUGACUGUGGACAUACUAGUGGAAACUGGAGUCGGGAAGACUGUCAAUUCUUUUAGGAAACAUGAACUGGCUGGAGAAGUGGCAAAAGGCCUUGUAGCCAAAUGGAAAAAACUGGUUCCACAGUCCGCAGACAGACCCACCAACAGCCACGCCAAAGAGGCACCGCAGUCGCACACGCACCCACGAGGCCCAGAGGCAGGAGGAGGUGGAGGUGGAGGAGGCCACAGACGCACCCGGGAGCCCUCCCCUGAAGAAGAGCCCUCCUUCAUGGAAGAAGAAGAAGAGGAGGAGGAGGAGGAGGAGGAGGAGGAGGAGAGAGGCUAUCACACGAACUACUCGCCCUCACCUCCUCAACACAAGCAGUACAGCCCUCCACAGCGAGGAGGCUACCAGUCGGACGAGUACGAGAGCCCUGAGCCUGACCUGGAACCAGAACCUGAGCCUGAGCCCGAGCCCAGUCCUCCUCCUCCUCGCAAAGAGGUCCGCCACACCAAACCAAACAAAGAACCCAACAAAAACCACCACCACGGCGACAAAAACAGGGACAGAGACGAGGAGCGGCGGCAACGCCAUGCACAGAUGAGUAGCGAUCGAGGAGGAGGAGGAGGAAGGGAAGACGGUGAAGGGAAGAAACGCAGCGCAGACAGAGAGAGACAGCAGAGUCCAGUACUAAAGUCUGCGAAGCACAGCAAGAAGUCCACCACACAUGAGAGUAAGAGGGAGGAGAAGAAGAAAGGAGGCGAUGAUGGGCGACCGCGGGUGCCGAAGGACUCUCCACCCAAAGAGGAGGAAGAGGACUUUGAGACUCCCACCAUGUCCUUUGAGUCUUUCCUCACAUAUGACGCCCCAACGCCUGUCAAGAAGAAGAAGAAGCCAUCGUCGUCAUCCUCGUCACACAGUCGACCGCCUCACUCUUCUUCCUCCACGUCGUCCUCCCAUCGUUCACGCACCCCUCCGCCUGCCCCCUCAUCCUCCUCAUCAAAAGGGAGCAAGGCUAACGGCACUCAGAGUACCAAGAGGCCACAUUCAGGCUCCAGUUCGGCAUCACAGGAAAAACGCAAGAAGGGGGUUGAGGCCGUUGCGGCUAUUCCUGAAAUCCCUCUGCCAGCGAUUCAGCCCUAUUACAGACCUCUGCCCUCCAUCGAUGUCACUCCGCUGUCCCCUCAGAGACGGAAAGUUCCUGUCUGCAACGACGAGGAGGAUUCCGGGUUCACAGGGAAGCGAUUCAACUCUAAGAUGGUGGUCUACUCGGGAUCAAAGACAGCUUACUUGCCCAGGAUGAUGACUCUGUACGAGCAGUGCAUCCGUGUGCUGCAGAACAACAUCGACUCCAUCGCUGAGGUUGGAGGAGUGCCGUUCGAGAUCCUGGAGCCGGUGCUGGAGCGAUGUACACCAGAGCAGCUGUACCGCAUCGAGCAGAGCAACCAGUGGUUUACGGAGGAAUCUGACGAGCUGUGGAUGCGUCACUGUCAGCGGGACUUUAAGCGCGAGUCUCCUCAGGAGUACGAGUCGUGGAGGGAGAUGUAUCUGAGGCUGCACGACGAGCGCGAGGAGCGACUGAGGAUGCUCACCCAGAACAUCUCCUCCGCCCACGCCAACAAACCAAAAGGUCGGCAGGUGAAGAUGGCGUUUGUGAAUUCUGUCGCCAAGCCGCCACGUGACGUCCGGCGCCGACAGGAGAAGUUCGGCACCAUCAGUGGCUCGUCGGCCACGUCCACCGCAGCUGCAGCUCCCAUCAAAAUACGACCAGCUCCCUCAAAUUACUCUGGUGAAUCGAGCCACUCCUCUUCCUCCCAACUUAACCCUUCUCCCAGCUCGUCUCGCUCCUCAGCACCAGGAGGAGGAGGAGGAGGAGGAGUAGGAGGAGGACCUGCCGCCCGCGACAAACCACAGGUCAAAAAAAUCGCCCCCAUGAUGGCCAAAACUAUCAAAGCUUUCAAGAACAGAUUCUCCCGCCGAUAGUGUGAAAGAGACUGAAUGUAUUUUAUGAAUUCCAACUGUGUUUUUAAUUUAAGUAUAGAAAGGUUUUACUGGAGAGCCCUUGAUCCCACACACAGACACACACACACACACACACACACACACACACACACACACACACACACACACACACACACACACACACACACACACACACACACACUUUUACCCACCAAACAUAUGGAUAUAGGAACUUUUCAGUAUUGGUGGAUAAAAGGUUGAUUUUUAAUUUCUUUUUUAUUUAACUAGUGGCAUCUGUUUUUAGGGGUCUUUGAAUAAGUAUUUAAAUCAUCAAUGACGGUCAAUGGGUGUGACGUCUGUGAGAAUUACGAAAAUGAAGUCGCCAACUUUUUACAAGACGCAACGGACACACACACCUGCAAACACACAGUCUGUUAUUUUUCUUGUUUUCUUGCAGCCAUUUUAAAAGGAAUAGCUUGACCCUUCGGUUAAAAAAACUCUUUGUUGCUUUCUUACAGAGAGUUAGACAAGAAGACUGAUACCACUCUCACGUCUGUACGCUAAAUAUGAAGCUCAGAUCAGGAGACGGUUAGCUUAGCAUGAAGACUGCAAGCAGGGGGAAACGGCUAGCCUGUCCAAAGCUAACAAAAUCUGCCUACCUCCCAGCACCUUUAAAGUUCGCUAACAAGUUGUGUCUUGUUUGUUUACACCGUAAAAAAAAAAUUGCUUAAAAUUGUGUGUAAAAACAACAAUUCGUAGUUUUAUGGGAGGUAAAGUGCCAAACUAAAAUUUGGCCAGGAUCAGUUGCCAGGCAACCAGUGGAGACGCCAGGAUGUUACUGGUCAGAACCUAGAAAAGAUUUAGCAGGUAUCUCCCUGUGAAACACAGAGUUGUGGUUUUUACACAGGAAACUACACACUUUUAACUGAGACGCACCGUGUCACUGAGUGAGACGUGCUGGUAGGUGGAGUCUGCUCCCAUGCUAGCUGUUUCCCCGUUUCCAGUCUUUAUGCUGAGCUAAGUUAGCCGGCUACUGGCUGUAGUUUUAUAUUUAGCGUACAGACACGAGGGUAGUAUAGAUCUUCUCAUCCAACUCCUAGCAAGAAAGCAAAAAAAAAACAUACUUUGUCUACUAAAAUAUAAAACCUUUCCUUCACGGGACAGGAAAAUUACUUAUUAUUUUCCUUUUAAAGAAUAGUUGUUUGUUAUGUUUCAUAUGAUCAAAUGAUACACUACAUGAAGAACACAAACUUUUCUUUUCUUUUUUUAUCAUAAUGGCACGCAAGGUGCAUGUCAGCCGAGACAUCAACAGGCUGGUUAAAGACUCUGCUUUUUUUAAAAACAAACAAAUGCAUAUUUCAACAUGUUGCAUUUUUUUAAUAUGUAGUGCGAACACAAACACACACACACACGAACACACGAACACACACACACACACACACACACACAAGUUAUUUUAACCCUCCUGUGGCUUCAGAUCAUGAUUCCCUGCUGUUAAAUGUGUGUGUGUGUGUCCCUGUUAAUAUCUGCUUCACUGUGAGAAAUAGCUGGAGUGAAUGCUGAAGAGACUGCAGGAAGAGAAGAGGAAGAACAGGGAAACCGAACAAUAAGGAAGGAAGUUAAUAGGACGUCUGCAGCUUCAUUCUACAACAAUGAUGAGAUGUAUUUAUUUUCAACACUGGGACCUGGCACCCCACAUCAUGGGCCUGAAAGGAAGUAGAUUCAAAAUUGUAAUUUUAGUAGAUUUUAAUAAAUGUUAUAUGGUCAUUUUUAUUAAAAUUGACGUUUUGCCCUUAAAAACUGUGUGUGUGCAGAAACCUUUGUGUGGUGGUGUUUUAUCAAGCAACACAAACAUCCUCUGUGCUUUUUCAUGCAUCUUCAUUUUCUCUCUAAAUGACUAAUCAAUUUUUUAAAAGUCUGCAGAGGAGGAGGUACAGUAAUAUGGAAAAACUCACUUCUAGAUGAUGUCCUGUUGGCCUGAAUGAAGAGGUUUUAGUAUAUUGUUUACAUAAUGUUUUCCUUAAAUCAUGUAUUGUGGCAUUUAUUCCCAAUUAAACCUACAUUUUGUGUUUUU